CAAACUACUUGAGAUCAAUGAGAAGACCAUCACUGAUGAACCUGUCAAGUAUAAAUCAGAUUUUCCAUUGUACUUUUUAAAAAAACUGAUGAUGGUAAAUGUGACAGCUAGAAAUGUGAAAUAUGUAUCUGAAUUAGGAACUACAGAUUUAGAAUCUGAUGAUGACUCUGAAGAUUCCAGCUGUAGCAUUAUUGACCCUCCCCUCUAUUCACUAAAACACACAGACAUGUUAAACCCUCUUGAUAUAAUCACUGCUCUCUUUUUGUGCUCUGAUGGUUUUGUUCAGCAAGAAUUGUCUCUAAAAAUGUCCAUGUGUCAGUUCUCUGUGCCUCUGCUGCUUCCCAACUGUGACACAAACCAGUGCACACUGAUGCUGUGGGCCAUGAGAGACAUUGUUAAAAAGUACAGACCUCUGUCUCUCUCAGAGUCCAAAGGAUUCAGAGAAGAAAGAAUUGUUCUUUCUGAACUUCCAAUGGUUUCCUUUGUCAGACUGGGUGAGUGCUCCUUGUCCAAAUCAGAGAUCCUGAAUAAACUCCUGAGUAAUUCUCAGCAGUACCAUGACACCUUUGUUCACCACAACAUGGAGUGUGGAGACACUCCAAAAAUAAUCUCUAAUGGACUGACUGAAAUCAGCUGGUACCUUCCCUGUGGAAACAAAAACAUGGACAUCUUCAGUGAGCCAGUCGCUGUAGCUAACCUUCAUGGUGACAUUGCUUCAUUUGAAACACAAUACUCCUUUUUGUGUCAAACGUCUGCAGCAGUUUUUGUGUUCUUUGACCAGCUGGACCCUGAGUGUGAACUGCUGACUAACAAAAACCACAAAGCUCAGAUUUUCUUGGUGGGAAACCAGACAAGUAAGAACUUCAGUUUAGAAGCUGUAAAGAAAGUACAAGACAAUCUAAGCUUGACAAAAGACAAUAUAAUUAUAAAGAAAAAAACAACUGAUGCUGACUUUGUCAAACGUUUGAGAAAAACAGUCAGUGAGGUAGUUUUUAACCCACAGAUCAAAAUGUCAGUAGAAAAGAUGGCUGAUGUUGCUCAAGAUCUGGGAAUAUUAGUUGAUGAAAACUCUUCAGAGUGCCAAGCUGGAAAGAAAAAUGCAGACACCAUCACUGCAGAAAUUCAAGACACACUGAAAUACAAAGAAGAUCAGCUUCCACUACAAGGUGAAACAUGGAAAGAACUGACUUGUUUAGAGAAAGAAGAGUGUCGCCUUCAAAAAGUUGGUUCAGAAAACAUAGAAACAUACAAAAGUAAUCUUCAAAAAGAAAAAAAAAAGCUACAAACAAAACAAAACAGCUCUGCAAUGUCAGAUGCCAUGAAACACUUCAUCAGAGCCAUAUCCAGCCCAGGAAGAGAGAGGUGUUAUUUCCUGAAAUGGAUGCAGAUGAACCUUGAUAAUCUGUCUCGUAUAAAACUGUCUGAACUCAGAGAGCUUUACAAAGAAAAAUGUCAUAAUUCUGAGAACAAAGAGGAGAUCAAAGAAAUUGAUAAACAACUUUCCAGCAGCUCACUGGGAACUGAACACUUCUUCCGUGAAAUGGGUCAGAUCUAUGAAGCUUCUCUGUUCCUUCCAGAAACAGACCCAUCACGUCAACAGCUGCAACAUCUGCCCAGACUCUGUGCUCAGUUGUUGUUGGAUGGAUUUCCUCUUGAGCUUGUAGAUGGAGAUGCAUCCAACAUUCCUCUCAGAUGGGUGAGUGAUGUUCUCUCUCAGCUCAAUGACUUGGUGUCUCCAAACAACAAGAUCCUGGUAGCAACAGUUCUUGGAGUUCAGAGCACAGGAAAGUCCACUCUCCUUAACACCAUGUUUGGAGUUCAGUUUGCAGUCAGCAGUGGUCGUUGCACUCGAGGUGCCUUCAUGCUGCUCAUCAAAGUCAAUGAAGACGUCAAGAAAACUCUAAACUGUGACUUCAUGAUGAUCAUCGACACUGAAGGUCUAAAGUCACCAGAACUGGCACAACUGGACAACAGUUAUGAACAUGACAAUGAGCUUGCAACACUUGUUGUUGGGCUGAGUGAUAUCACCAUCAUCAAUAUUGCAAUGGAGAAUUCAACAGAGAUGAAGGACAUCCUGCAGAUAGUGGUGCAUGCUUUCCUCAGGAUGAAGGAAGUUGGUAAAAAACCUAAAUGUCAGUUUGUUCAUCAGAAUGUUUCAGAUGUUUCAGCUCAUGAGAAGAACCUCAGAGACAGGAAGCUGCUCCUACAACAGCUGAAUGAGAUGACCCAGGCAGCAGCUAAAAUGGAGAAGAAAGAGAAGAACAAGAACUUCACUGAUGUGAUGGAGUACAAUCCAGACAAUGGGAACAGCUACAUUCCUGGACUCUGGAAUGGAAACCCACCAAUGGUAGCUGUCAAUGCAGGAUACAGUGAGGCUGUGUAUGAGCUCAAGAAAAACAUCAUUCAACAGCUGAAAAACUGUGAUUCAACUUCUAAUAACAUCCUGGAGUUUCGAGAGUGGAUGAUCAGCCUGUGGACUGCAGUCAAACAUGAAAACUUCGUCUUCAGCUUCAGAAACCAUUUGGUAGCUGAUGCUUACAGGAAGCUCUGUUCAGAGUUCAACAAAUGGGAGUGGGAGUUCAAAAAAGCAAUGUACAUCUGGGUUACCAAUGCAGAAACAAGAAUUUCCAACUUUGGUACAGUUGCUGCAAAAUCUGAACUAUCUGACCUCAGAGAAUUUAUCAGUCAGUUGAAAAGUGAAGCAGCCACAGAGCUGACUGAAUGGGAGACAAAACUGCUGAAUAAUCUGAAAAAAUACUUUGAGCAGCCAGUGGGUCAUGUUCAUCUGGUUGAGGGGUACAGAGAAGAAUUUUCAAUCAGCAUAGAGAGUCUUCGACAACAAGAAGAAAUUUUAGUUAUGAACCAUUUCACAGCAGCUGACAACAAACAGGGAAUGAAAGAACUUUACCAAAUAAGAGAGAAUCACACAAAAGAGAUUGAAAAGGCAGUUUGUUCAUUAAUUGAUGAAUGCAGGAAGAAUAAAGUUGAAAUGACAGAUUCAGAGCUGAACAAAGAGUUUGACAAGAUGUGGACUAAAACCCUGAACACCCUGACUUUCACUGCUGAGAAACCUUCAGAUAUCUUUGUCAGUGUGUUCCAUCAUUUGAGAUUAAAUCUGUCACACAAGGGGAGUUAUGCAUCUGAACUGUUGUGUAAAAAAACCAUCAUGGAGUGUGGGUUGCAGCCUUUCACAUACACAACUAAAACCCCCUAUGGUAAAACUGAACCAGAUAUGAAAUGCUUCUUUAUUAAUGAAGAUCUUGGAAAGGCAAAACAACAAAUAGCUAAGAACAUCAUAGCUACGUGUACUGAUCUUGUGUCUGACAAAAAGAAAAGAAAAAGCAAUUACCAUCAUACUUACAUCCAGGAGAUCCUUCAUAUCAUUGAUGAAAAGCUGAACAAAGCUGAUGUUGAAACAGAUAUUGAGUUUGAAGUUUCUCUAAAACAGCACAUCUGUGGAUUUGCAGCCAGAGAGUUUCAGAAAAUGCAUGAAGAUUUCAUAAAAGAAAAUGAUCCCUACAGCUGUCUGCAGAAAAACAAAGAGAAGUUCUGUGCAGAUUUCAAGGAUUUAAUCUAUAAACGAGACCAGUGCCAGAAGAAAGCUGAAGAAUUCACCAACCAAUGUCUGAAACCUGCUGUUGAAGACUUUGUCAAUCGAUCUCUGG